UAUUUAACUUUACAAAAGACUUCCCCAUGUUAUCAUCACUAUAUUUCUACAACAACAAUAAUAAUAAUAAUUUGUGUUAAAGUGGGACAGAACUGUGUGCAGUGCACCUUAAGAAAACCCCGCUGUUGGACGUGAUUGGCAAACACAUUAUUCCAUCCUUGGUACCCAGUCGUUCCGGGAUUACAGUGACGUCACGCUGAUACCCUCGCAUGGAUGAAUGCUAAAGAACUAUGGAGCCACAAAUAAUAGCACAAGCAGAGUCCAUAUCUUCCAAGUCUUACGUUAUCCUUUAAGCCUCCUCCAGCUAACACAACAACAUUUUUUUGCACUUAAUGACGCUUAAUUUCAUUUCUUAUCAGGUCCUUAGGGGGGAUUAUUCAUUCAUAUAAAACAAUCUGCAGCUGCUGCCAGCACCAGGUCUCCCUCCUGUGAGUGAAGUAAUCUAUUAUUGAGAGAAAGGCCGUGCGUAGAAAUGUGUGCAAGACGCUGGAUUUGAAGUAGAAUUGGUUGCAAUCGAUCAAGGGUGAAGAAUAUUGCUGAUGGGAACAAAAGAAGCAGCUAUGUCUUUCUCGCAGUUUGGAUAUCCUUACAAUGCAACAUCCCAGUUUUUCGUGUCGGCAAACCCCAGUACGACUUGCUGCGAUUCGAUUUCCAGGUCGGUGUCUGACGGGACAGGCGGCUCCCAGACCGCCGCUGCCGCCGCCGCAGCCGCCGCCUCCCUCUGCUGCCCGUCCUACGAGAACCGGCUCCUGGCGAGCAGCCGGACGGAGCUGAACGCAGCUCUGGGGAUGUACAGCUCCCCCUACGUAGCUGCGGCAGCAGCGAGCCAGAACUACGCCAACUACUUCUCCUACAGCACCGAGCCAUCCUCCAUCUACUCCACUCUGAAUCCUCAGUAUGACAUCAAGGACAGCACAGGCACUUUACACUCUGGCAUCACUCAGACUGCAGCCUACUACCCCUAUGACCACUCACUGGGACAGUAUCAAUAUGACAGAUACGGGACAGUAGACUUUAAUGGAACAGCAAGACGAAAGAACGCAACACGGGAAACCACCAGCACCCUGAAAACAUGGCUGUACGAGCACCGCAAGAACCCUUACCCCACCAAGGGGGAGAAGAUCAUGCUGGCUAUCAUCACCAAAAUGACACUCACUCAAGUGUCCACCUGGUUCGCCAACGCCAGGAGGAGGCUGAAGAAGGAGAACAAAAUGACCUGGUCUCCGAAGACUAAGGUUGGUGACGAGAGAACUGAUGACCUGAAGGGCAACCAAGACUGUGUCUCCAAAGAUUCUAUGGAUUGCAAGGAAGAGAAAGAUCUGCAUCUGAGCGAUUUGGAAGACAUUGACGGGGACGACUGUGACAAGCUGGACAGUGACUCUGAAAAAGUGGCAGUAGAUGAGCAGGACCUUCAGAAGAGAGGCUGCAGCUCCGACCUUCACCUGAGUUUAACUAACAGCUUCCACACCUUUCCCUGUGCCAUCAAAGGUGUCACCACUCUCCCGUCUCUGCCAUCUGACUUUUUGGAUCCCAUUUCAUCCAAGGCACCUUCCUCAACUGGUACGGCAGCAGGAACGGUGUCUCUGUCCCACUUUGAAAUCGCAGACAAGCCGCGGAUCUGGUCCCUGGCUCAUACGGCAGCUUCAGGGGUCAUACUGGGCCCUCAGCAGCACGGCUCCGACCUGCGGACAGGCAGUUCUGCCGCAGACUGCCAUAUUCAGAGUUCCAGACUUUCCGGAGCUUCGCCGGGACAAUGUGGGGGCAUGAGAGGCCUCCAUGAAUCCAGCACUGUUAACAACAUUGACAGCCCCUUCACCGAGGCCACAUCUUUGCACUCUAAGGUCUACGGCACUAGUAGCUACAGACACAAGGACCUCCAACUCCACUGUGCGUCCUACGUUGCACUUCCAAACACGUGUCAGUACUCCAGUAUUGAAGGACUGUCUUGUGGCAAAGCGGGGACACAGUCAUCAGACCUUAGUGACACCUGUGGGACGGGUCAGGAUGACAAGGUCACUGCAUUCAGACCAGUGAUGAAGAGAUGAAACAGACAUGUAUCUUGAAACUACUCAACGAUAGAUGAUGGGACAUUUCAUAUGCACUUAAGGACACACUGGUAGGAAACUGGCCUCAGUAGGGCGUGGAUGGACGCUACCUAUAGUCUCUGCAAUGACAACUGUCAAACUGUGGACAUGGCUAUGAUUUUGCACAAUAUUACUUUUGAGGUGUUUUAGACUUUAUGCAAAAAAUGUACAUCCAGAAUAUGAAUACGACUUUGUGUAUGGCAAUCGUGUAGCGUAGCUAACUUAUUUAUUUAUAUGCGUAUUUAUUCAUUUCCGUUGAGUGUUUUAUUAUUUAAUGUGUUGAGUUUUGUACCUCCUUAAAGUGUUUUGUCACAUGUUGCGUUGAAUCAUUUGUCAUUUUUUUCUCUUGUUGUGACAGUAAAACCGUCAUUCAUAAAGAUCAAUGAAAGGAAAGGCACUUUAGUGUUGGAGAGAUUUAGUCACUGUGUUCAAAUGUGAUCCUCAUCUUUUUCUUUUAUACGACAAAUACAAGUUUUUCUAGGAAUUUUAUGUUUUUUUUCUCUGCUGUCAUGCCAUGAUUAUUCAUGAACCUCCAAUUAGAACAGUAGCGGGUGGAUGGGCGUCAAAGGCGUAGCGCUUAUGGAGGGUCACGAUCCAGAGGAGCGCGUGAGUGCAAUGCACAAGCUCUGGAAGAAAGAAGGACGAUCAUCGUUCUAUUGUCAGCAUCUAAUCAGAAGUGGCAUCAAACACUUUGUUGCCGUUCAGGCCGAGCAGCGAGGCAGGAAUACGGGAUGAAUGAUGCUUUUGUCCCCCUGUGCAGCGAGCCGCUGCACUAACUUAACAUGCUGUUAAUUAAAAGGUCGUUUGUAGGAUCAAACCCGGCAGAGAUGUUCACAUGGUCCACCAAAGUCCUUUGAUUUGUCUGCUCUGCCUGUAGUCCAUCUCCUUGUGGUCCUAGUCUUCUGCCACCGUACACUAAAUGAUCAAUGUCCACUCUGAUAGGAAAUGUCAGCACUUCCUAUCUUUUUUCCUAACCUAUUACAAUCAAUGUUUCCAGGGUAACUAACAGUCGAAGUUCUGAGAAAACACAAUCUAAUCGGUCUAAUAAAUUCCUUUGAAUAAAUCCCUGAUCUCUCAACGUGUAGAUGCAAAAAAAAACCAAAAAAAAAACAACUAAAUUUGAUAGAGGUUCACUGCAAAAAUAACACAGGGAAAGUAUGCCACGUUCACAGCUUCCACACAAAACUCCGUCUAGGCUUGUAUUUGUUGGGAUUAUGCCUGCAGUAAUAAUGCAAAAAAAAAUAAAAAAAUGUAUUUUUAUGUUUUAUGUAUUAUUUAGGGACAAUUCAGACUCAAUUCCUGAAAGAGGUCACUCUGUGCCCUUGGCCAGUGGCAGAGCUGACAGUAAAUACUCACAUCCCGGUAAAUCCAGGAAAAUACAUGCUGAGGAUGA